AAGUACUGCCCAUACUAACGAGAGCGAGCAGUGUAUGAAGAGUGAGGAGUGAGGAGUGAGGGUGUUGCUCUUUCUUACCAUCAUUGUUAAAUAUUGGAGGUCAGUAUGAAGACCUCUGGAGAGCACUGCCUGCCGUUAUGAGAACACAAGAAACAGAAGCUAGGGUCAGAUAACUCCACUAUCAAGUCGACUUCGGCGGCAACAAGAGAAUUUGUAGUAUCUGUCUUCUGUUUUAGCGCCGAAACCCGAGGAAACCAGGAAACAACGUACGGUUGACAUUUGGCAUUUAUACAGGAAUUAAGAUGGCUCCCUCUCUAACACUGGCGUUCAGGAGGCGCUGGUGGAUGGCCGUUACAGCAGUGUUGGAGAAUCUGUUGUGUUCGGCUGUGCUGUUGGGCUGGGGCUCUCUGCUCAUCAUGCUCAAAAGAGAGGGCUUUUACUCCCACCUGUGUACAGAAAAUAAGAGUGAGAGUGUGAACGCUAGCAAACCAGAUGAAUGGCUGAGCUGUGUGGAACAGGAUGAAAUGUUGAACUUGGGCUUCACCAUUGGCUCAUUUCUGCUCAGUGCCGCCACACUGCCAUUGGGUAUUCUCAUGGACCGGUUCGGCCCCAGACCUCUGCGCCUUUGUGGAAGUACGUGUUUUGCGGUUUCUUGUAUGAUGAUGUCUAUGUCAGCCUAUCAUCCUGAAGUACUCUCUGCACUCAUUUUUCUGGCUCUGUCACUCAACGGCUUUGGAGGGAUCUGUCUGACCUUCACGUCUCUCACGCUGCCUAAUAUGUUUGGAAGUUUGAGUUCAACUGUCCUGUCACUGAUGAUCGGCUCGUACGCAUCGUCGGCUGUCACCUUCCCUGGGGUCAAGCUGAUAUAUGAUGCCGGGGUGUCGUUUACUGUUAUCAUGUGGAUGUGGGCGGGCCUGGCAGGUCUGGUCUGCCUCAACUGUUUCCUGAACUGGCCAGCAGAAGGGUUUGCUACCCCUGAAGAGAUUGAGAAAAAGAAGCAAUCAGCUGAAAACUACAAAUUGACACCAGCUGAAAAGGCAACAGGAGAAACCGAGAAAUUGCCUGCUGUAGCUCAGGAUACACAAUCUUCUGUCCCGUUCCGUCGCUCGGUGUUCUCUCCCAUCUUCCUGUGGAGUCUGAUCACUAUGGGAAUGACUCAGCUGAGAAUCAUCUUCUUUAUGGGAGCCAUGAACAAGAUGCUCGAGUUCCUGGUCACCCAUGGAGAGACGCAUGACUCUAAAAAACUGGAGGAGGAGGCAAAUAAGGAAGUGAGUUACUAUGCAUCCAUCUUUGGCACGCUGCAGCUCUUGUGUCUGGUCACCUGUCCUCUGAUUGGAUACAUCAUGGACUGGAAGAUGAAAGAGUGUGAGGUGGAUCAGAAGACAAUAGAGAUAGAAAAAGAAGCUGUUACUGUACCAAAGCGUGACAGAAAGAUCCAGAAGUUGACCAAUGCCAUGAGAGCCUUCAUCUUCACAAAUUUGCUGCUCAUUCUGUUUGGAAUCCUUUCACUCAUAGACAACCUGCCUCUACAGAUUCUGACGUUUAUUUUGCAUACUAUGGUACGAGGCUUCAUUCACUCCUGUUGUGGAGGCCUGUAUGCUGCUGUGUACCCGUCCAAUCAUUUUGGCACUCUUACCGGGCUGCAGUCUAUGAUCAGUGCUGUGGUGGCUCUACUGCAGCAGCCCCUCUUCAUAAUUAUGUUGGGACCUCUGAAGGGAGAUGCUUACUGGAUCAACGUGGGGCUUCUGAUCUUCUCAUUCUUUGGUUUCCUGUUGCCGGGAUACUUGUUCUACCAUCGCAGACAACUUCUUCAGAUGAGGGCCAGAGGAAAAGCUAACGGACACAUUCCUGUUGAGAAUCAAGCUGUAACCCAGCCUCUGGCCAAUGGACACAGCAACGGUCACAUCCCGCUGGAAGCUUAACUCGGAAAUGGAGUAUCAAAGGACUGUCACAGGACUUUCACAUUUCAACCUCAAUUGCAGGAGAUGCGACAAACUCCGUUUCCACUUCCAACGUCCUCAUUAAACAUGCAAUUUUUUUCAUUUUUUGUUGUAUAUAAGACAUGUGGUUGACGCUUGGAAAAGCAGGCAUCAGAUCAGUAUUGUCUUGUUCGAUGAUCUACUGCGUAUUGAAAAUUUCAAAAUCUGCCUGUAAAAAGUAUGCAAUUCUUUUAUAAGUUUUUAGAGGAAUAUUUAUUGAACUGCGCACGCGUUGGCUGUGAUUCACGGACAUGAACUACCUCAGCCAACCGCUGGACUCGCAGUCGGAGGGGAUUCUGCCUGUUCAGCAUCUGUUCUCCUACACCAAAGAGAAAGGGUUGAGUGUCGUGUGUAUUAUAGUGUCUGUUUUUCUGUCUGUUUGAUCUAUGAUUGAAAAACUUGGGAGACAAUCAACACAAGCAUUUCAGCUAACACCAAAGACACUGCUAAUGGAGCUUUUUAAAGUGUAUCACUUUAUUCUCCUCUUUUAGUUCACUACAUUAAGUGUUAUCCCAAAGCAAAACAUUUCAGGCAGAUUUAACAAGAUUUUUAUAAAGCAACAGAAAUGAAUUUUGUGUAUUCAGCUUUUCCCCCCAAUUGAAAGGGAACUAUUUUUGUAUUUCUGUUAUUGUGACGUCAUUUAUCAUUUAAUGUGUAUUAGCUGAAAGUAGAUGUGCUCUGUGUACAUAAUACAUGUAUUCAUUAUUUUUACUUUUAUUUGCAGUGAGCUUGGGGGAUGGGUUGAUUUUUUUUUUUUUUGUUUGUUUGUUUGUUUGUUUUUAAAGGUUAGAUUUAAAAAAAAAAAAAGGUUAGGAACCAAUGACCUGAUUUUCCAUUUGUGUGAAACUAGUGCCUUAUGUUAUUAUUGAAAGUCUAAAUAUAAAUCUAAAGAUAAGCGACGUGGGAAACCAAAGCCAUUUGAACUUUCUGGACAUGGAAGCAAUAAAGCCAUACGGGACUGUCGGAGACACAGAUGUGCGAGAGGAAGACAGCAUCCAUGUACCAUCCAUGAGUGCAAGAAUCUCAGAUUUGAAAUACCAAAAACAUUAAAAGAUGCAUACAGUUA